CAGUUAGGUAUUGUUUCCAUGCUCUCCAUUCAUUCUCAGCUGCCUGAACUUUGAGAGCCUGUGUAAUGAAUUGAAGAAGGAAUUAUCAACGAGCUUAUUUUUAAUGUCUGAAUUUCGUCAGCGAACCAACGCCCCCGGGUAUCAACGAUAUGAUGACGACGGAUCCGAGAGAGACCCCCUCUACAGUGGAAAAAGAGGAAAGUGCAGAACGAACACCGUUUUCCACCAUGACCGUUGACUCUGAGGAUGUUUAUAAGAAACCAGGAUGGGGUCGAUGGCAGUACUUAGUGGUGUUUGUAUGUUCUUUACUUUUCUUCGGAGUCGGAAUUGGUAUAGGUUAUGCCAUUGGUCAGAACCAAUCGGAGCAAACAGUUCCACAAGGAGGAGACAGUGCCCCGGUGACAGCCACAGAUCCACCCAGGUUGUCAAAUCCAGUGGAAACCAUUCGAAGCCAUAUCAACAAAGAAAAUAUCAAACAAAACCUUAGAAAAUUCACAAGCCGUCCGCGCAUGUCAGGAACUCCAGGAGGAGAUGAGUUGGUGCAGAUUUUGCACGACACUUGGAAAUCCUACGGCAUUGAUGAGGUCAAAACUACACCAUAUGACGUAUUGAUGUCGUACCCUAAUAAAACAAAUCCAAAUAAGGUCCAGCUUCUGACGUCAUCAAAUGAGUUAGUUUUUCAGUCUGCUUUGUUUGAGCCAGCUUUGGACGAUUUGAGUAACAAUUCCGAAAUCAUUCCACCAUUUAAUGCUUACGCAGCGGCAGGUAUAAGUGAGGGUGAUCUGGUCUAUGCCAACUAUGGCCGGAUAAAAGAUUUCCUAUAUCUCAUAAACAAUAAGUCCAUGGACCUGAAGGGCAAGACAAUAAUCGCAAGAUAUGGCAAGAUCUUCCGCGGUGACAAGGUACACCAAAUUGCACGUGCAUUUUACUGCCAAUUAUCAGG